UCUCAUUCUGUUAUAGGGUUUCACUUUCGAUUAAUAUAUGAGAACCAUCCCCGAAUCUCCCAGACGGUCGGACCUACUUCGUCUCCGACGCCGGUGAAAUUACAGCAGUGGAAACACUCCGGCGUAGCUUCUAAACCUCCGAUUAUUCCCCAAAUUUCCAAUUCGUUCGAGUUGCAUUGGUCGCAGAGGGGCUGUUUCUUCUCCUACACCGGACGAAUUGCAGCAGCCGGAGCACUCUGGUUAGAUUUUGUACGCCUACGUCCAAUUGCAAGAGCUUUGAAGGAUUAAUUCUUAGACAUGGGGAAGACUAGCACACGAUCAGAAGAAUCAACACGCGCCGACAGCAAAUUUGAAAAGAAACUUCAGUUUUAUGCCAAGGUCAGAGAUACAGUUACUUCAUUAAGCGCUCAAAAGGCUAUUACUAAGAAGAAGAAACUUCGAAGCCGACGCAAGAAAUUGAAGGCAUAUGAUCUUUCUUCCCUCUCAGAGUUCCUUCCCGAGUUGAAGGCUCCCCGGCGACCAACUCCUGCUGAAUUUAAACUGAAUAGUAAAUCCAGGCAAACUCUAGUGCUGAAGGAGGGAAAUCAAUUGAGAACAGUUCUUAACCAUCCGGCUUUCCGGGCAAACCCGUUGGCUGCUAUUCAUCAACAUUUACAGAGCACACAGCCGGAUAGCAAUGAGAAAACAAAAAGAAAGGACAGCAAAAAUGGGAAGAAGAAAGCUAGUGGGAAAAUCUAGAGCUUCAUCUGGGUCUCAAUCCAUGGAGUCUUAUGUGCCAUGUAUGUUCACUUCUUGGCAUCAAUCCUCCUGUUGGUCAAGUUCCAUUUAUGUUGACUUCGUAAUGCCCCGAGGGCUCGUUUGGUUGACAUAUUAGAAAGGGUACUAAAGAGUUAACCAGGAUUAAAGUUAAUACUACAUUUGAAUGUCAAAAGUCAUUCGGUACUAUGCAUAAGACUAAAUCAAAUACGUAUAUUAACUAUAUAUUUUUAUACCAUCUAGUACUAUUAAGCC